AUGGCUGCCAUUUAUUCGGGAAUCCAUCUGAAAUUGAAGAGCACUCAGACACCCUGGGAGGACAAGAUAAAGCUUGCACGUUUUGCGUGGAUAUCUCCGCAAUGCCUUUUGCCUAAUAAAGAGCAGGUCCUCUUGGAUUGGUGCACUCAUGCACUAACUGGUUAUUACAACAAGAAAGUGGAGUUUUCUCAAACAGUGUUGGAAGGCCUAUGGUGUUACCUUGAUGAGCUUCUUCACAGCAAAAAACUUCACUCUUUUCUCAAGCAGGGAAAAUCUGUCAGUCUACGACUCAAUAUGGCACAGCUGCUGCUUGAACGUCUUCAAGAUUAUGAGCAGUCUCAGUCAGUGGCAGCAGUGGGCUUGUCCACACUGCUGAAUGUGUAUCAGGGGAUCCUGUCCACUCCUACUCUCUCUUCAGUCUUCACUACAAAGUUUGAACUGAUGGUCUCUCUACUAUCCAGGUUUUACAGACUCAUGGCAGAAAUGCUGCUCAAACAAGCUCAGCCAAGCAUUCCAGCAUGGUAUCGCUGUUUGAAGACUUUAUUAGGUCUAAAUCAUCUGAUUCUCGAACCUGACCUAGAGCAGUUAUUAUCAUUGGCCUGGAUCAACAUGGACUGCACAGAUACAAGAGUAUCACGAGCCAAGCAGGUCUUGUUGGGAAGUCUUCUUCAGACUUACACUAAACUUCGCCAGCUACCGAAAUUCUUCUCAGAUCUUGUGUCUGUAAUAAUUGAACAGACGGCAGAAAACAAUGAAAGUCAAGAUUUGGACACCCUCUUUUCAACAAUACUUAACAGCUCACAGAGUUUGUUGACAGCUCGGUGGUUGAGCUUAAGCGACCUCUGUGUUCUGGAGCCAGAUGUGCAAAAGCUCUUAUGCCACCUAGUGGAGAAAUGUUCGUCAGAGAGAUUCAGCCUGCUGCUCAUGCAGAUCAAAGAAGGAUUGGACACUGGGAAUAUUGAGGGUGGAAACUACAGGGAGGUGCUUUCCACAGUAAUCCUCAUUAAGAUGAUGUUUUGUUGUCCAUUACCAGAGCCCUGCUUUAAUGCUUUGUGGCUCAUUGCACCUCAGAUUAUAUCAAAAAUGAUGUUCUUGGUAAGGUCCUCCAGCCUGGAUGCCUCUCUGAACCUUCCGUUCACGGUUCCUGUGGUUGCAGCGGUCACAACUUUGCUACGGCAGGGAGAGGGAGUUAUCGUCAACCCUCACCAUGUGACUAUGUUCCUGGGAGCGCUUCAGUGUGUUCCUCUCGACCGCUUGGCUCCAGCAGUGUAUGAGGAAACCUUUACCGCCAUUCAUGAGGCAUUGUUCGCCAUCAUUAAGUGCCAUCCACAGGUGAUGCUCAAAGCAGCUCCAUCAUUUUUGAAUGUGUUUUACCGCCUGGUGUCUUCAAUCAUGCAGGAGGGGAAACAACGGAAAGAGUGUUACACAGACAACGGUGUCUCCCUGCGCUGUUCCCGGCUGGUGCAGAGGAUGUACUCGCACAUAGCUGCUGCUUCUGAGGAGUUCACAACUCUGUCGUCUUUUAUAGUGGCUCAGUACGUCACAGAGCUGCAGAAGGUUACUCUCCAGCCAGACGUUAAACUACACCUGACUGAGGGCAUCUAUAUGAUCUUGGACCUAUGUUUGGAACAGGAUAUCAAGUUUCUGAUGGCUGGGCUGCACACAGGAGUUCGAGAGGUCUUCAAUGAGCUGCACACCGAAGCCCGCUGCAGCCGCACGGAGAGGCGCUUUGCGCGGACAGCACCACAGCCCGAGCCGCUGUAG